UUAAGGAAAGGUUUAAACUUUCGUGAGAAAUUUGAGGGAAAGGAAAAUAGAUUUGGUUUUGCCGCUUAACCCAAUUUUUUAUCCCAAAGAACAAAGACUGAAAGAAUUAGUUAGGAUUUGAAGUGAGGAAUCUGAUUUUUUGUGAGAAUUCUUUAAAUUUGCAGUAAAGUCGAAAACUUUACGCUCAUUUUGUUUCUAAAUUGACAUACUGAACGGAAUGAAGCAUGGGAAAGAGGAAAUCCAGAGCAAAGCCUACUCCCAAGAAGCGAAUGGAUAAGCUUGACACCGUUAUCAGUUGUCCCUUUUGCAACCAUGGCACCAGCGUUGAAUGCCGCCUUGAUAUGAAGAACUUGAUUGGCGAAGCCUCUUGCAGAAUAUGCCAGGAAAGUUUCAGCACUGUUGUAACGGCUUUGACUGAACCAACAGUAUAUAGCGAAUGGAUUGAUGAAUGUGAGCGGGUUAACAAUCUUGAAGAUGAUGAAGAUUAAGAUGAAGGUUUGAUGCCCCAAAAACGGUUUUCAACAUCUGAGUGGUAUCAGCUUAGCAAUAGCCAGGAACGCUUUAGAACUUGAUGAGGCCGUGAUAAUGUUGGUU